CGAUGCGCACGCGCAUGUCGCGAUCGCGUACGAUAUUCAUUAAUAAACGACGAAUCAACGAAAUAACUACCGAAUAGUUUUUAACCGAAUACGAUAUAUAUAUAUUUUUUUUUUAAUCUGUGCAGUGACAGUUCUUGUGAUAUUAUAAUUGUUUUAUUUUUAAAAUACAAUUGCAGCUUAAAACAAGUGUAUUGUUAGCUUUGUUGACGCGAAACAGCUGUCAAAAUAUUUUUCACACAAUAAAGAACCAGUGAAGAUAUCGAGCAUUGAAGAGUUAAGGUCGACCUACAAAGUUUAUGGUGGUAUCGAGGAACAUGACAUGAGGUUGGGCUGAACGGUGAUGUGCAAGAUGGCGCGCAGUUGAAUUUAAAAAUGUUCCUGUGUGUGUGACAAAUCAAAAAUGGCAAAUAAAGUUAAAAACAAUCACUACGUGGCGACGCACCGUUCGGGGAUUGAUUCGCCCUCGUCGGGGGGUUACUUGCAUCGUUCGUCGAGGGAUGAAAAUGACAGCCACCGAGCGCCCUCCGAGAGGACGCUUUCAGAAUAUACGAUGAUAGACGAGAGGACACGUUCCCCCUCCGGUGGUGAGCACAGGAAUGGUCGACGGCAUCCCACCAAUGGGUCACCACGGGACUCCGGCUCGGAGGUAUAUGUCACUAGCGCCGCCUACCGACCGCCCUCUGAGAUUAGCCGACAGUCGCGAGCACCGCGUAGUGUUUACUCCUACAGAAGUGCCGUGGCGCCAUCUGUUGCCUCCACACAUCGCUCCAAAGUUUCCAGAAAGGCUGGAGUGAAAGUGGACGCGAUGGCGGCUCCAAACCCGUUCUGCCCGAACGUAAAAGGCAUGUGCUGCCUCAUGCUGCUGCUGAACCUCGGCCUCAUCCUCGUCACGCUCGGCUUUGUCAUCGUGCUACAGUUCUUUGAACCGCUCUUCGUUUGGAUCCUGGGUAUAGUCUUCCUUAUAUUCGGUUUCAUCACACUCGUGGGCAGCCUCAUAUACUGCGUAGUGCUCUGUCGAGAGAACCCGUACCCUCGCUACCCGGACGACUUCUACUGGACCCACCACUGGUCAAAAACCAUUGGACCUUCGGAAAUCCACUACAGUGCUAGUGAAAAACCAUACAGACAAAAUGGACACGAUAGAUACAAUAAAUAUAAUGGCGGUAAAUAUUCUGAUAGGGAAAGUGCUAAGGGAUAUUCAGACAGAGAGAGUAAAUUAAGCAGGUAUUGAUUAUAACGAAUAUAAAAAGGGCGCGAAUUAGCGCUGUCACAUUUUCUACGUUUGACAGAUUUGUGAAAAUAAUAAAGAAAUUUUAGAACAGCUUUACUAAUUAAGGCCUAAAAUAUAAAACAUACAGGUUUCGACCGUUAAUGGAAAUAUAAAUAUUUUUUUAAAGUUUAUAAAUAAAUCACUAUGAUAUUCUAGUAGAUAUUUAAGUAUUAACUCAGUUAUUAGUGUUGUGUGUAACACUAUUUACCAUAUUAUAUUUAUUUAUCUCAUGGACAAUAAAUGUGCGCUUCCAUUAACGUUUAAGCUUUUAUUAUUAAAUCUUCAAAAUACAAAAUAAUUCGGAUAUACAAAAAAAAAACACUACGAGAAAAAUUAUAAUUCUUUACUUGGUAUUUUUAGUAAGUAAUUAGUUUAUUUAUAACUUGUAAAUAUUAUAAUAUGAUUCUCUGAAGUAAAAUGCCAUAUUAAUUUACCUGUUAUUUAAAAAGUAAUAAAUAUUUAAACUAGAGACAACUCCAAUAAUAGUAUAUAUUUUUAUUAACUCGAUAGUUGGGAGUUUAUUAUGAAUUUCAUGUAAAUUAAGGAAUGUAAUACAUAUUGUCAAAUAUUUCUAAUAAACGAUUUUAUUACUA